AUGGCGGUGCCGUCCACGCCUUGUGCGCUCUCCUCUGUCGUGCCCGUGCUCGCAGUCCUAGCGGUGCUAUACUCAUGGCUGCUCGCAACAGUGAACCAGAUCGUUCCCGAUCCCUACAUGGACGAGAUCUUCCACAUCCCUCAAGCUCAGCACUACUGCCAAGACCGCUUUCACGAGUGGGACCCGAAGCUCACGACGUUCCCAGGUCUGUACUUGGUCUCGACGCUGUGCACAAGAGCGCUUUCCUGGAUGAACGGAGGCGCCUUCUACUGCUCCGUGUCGAUGCUGCGUAGUCUGAACGUGGUGUUUGCACUGGGCAACGUGGUGCUGUGCGUGCUGCUGAGGCGUCACGUAUCUCCGCACGACCACAAUGGUCUCCUGCACGCCGUGCGUGUUGCAGCUUUCCCGCCGCUGUUUUUCUUUUCGUUCCUCUUCUACACAGACAGUGGGGCCACGUUUUUUGUGCUCUUGACGGCGUGGCUCGCGGAGAGAGUGGACUUGGCGCAGAACCCAUCGGGAGGAGGCAGCUUUUUCGUGCUCAGUGCUACAAGUGGUGCAGUCGCAGUCCUCUUCCGCCAGACGAAUAUUGUUUGGGUUGGGUUUGUGGCUGGCACGGUCGUCGUUCGAUAUGCAGAGCUUGCUCACUCAACGUUUAUCUACGGCUUUCCGAAGAUCGUUAUGAACUUCAUUCGCGUCGUUGUAUCGAAUCUCCCGUCCAUUCUUCUUAUUGUCUGGCCAUUCGUCGUAAUCGUGGCGGGUUUUGUCGUCUUUCUGUUGAUGAACGGCGGCAUUGUUGUAGGAGACAAAUCUAGUCACGAAGUGACAUUCCACGGCGCCCAAGUGCUGUACUUCCUUAUCGUCGCAGCCUCUGGUUUCGGACUCAGUCUCGUUGCACCCACUUACGUGCGAGCGUUUGCUGCAUCAGUACGCAGAAACGGCAGCUCUGUGCGAGGGUUCCUGUUCAUUAGCUUCCUGAUUGCAGCGACUGUCGGAAUCAUUUUCUGCUUCAGCCCCGUGCACAAGUUCAUGCUGGCAGACAAUAGGCACUAUACUUUCUACAUCUGGCGGAAGUUCUUUCUCAAGCACGACAUGGCCAAGUUUGUACCUGCACCGUUGUACGUCUAUUUGGGAUGGCGCUGCCGGAAGGAGCUAGAGCGGCGACGCUCGCCACUGUGGACGCUCGUCUUUGUGCUCGCGACGUGUUUGGUCCUCGUUCCAUCGCCGCUUGUCGAGCCGCGGUACUUUUGCGUCCCCUUCCUGAUCUUCCACUUGAACACUGGCAACCAAGCUGCGUCCCAUUUGUGGACAGCUAUUGUCGCGUACAUGAUGGUCAAUGCGCUGACGCUGUACGUGUUUCUGUACUGCCCAUAUGACUGGGUCGAUGGCUCGACUGCACGAUUUAUGUGGUAA